UCAGGACUCAUUCCUCUGGUGCUGAGGGGGCUGCUGGGCUCCAGAGAUGUUCUUAGCCAAGGACUGCAUCCUGGCUUGGGCAGUGUUACAGGUCCAGUUUUCACCCCAUCAGUCUCUGCAGUUCCAGUUUGUGAAAGUUGGGGACAAGGCAUGGAUCCAGUUUGUCCCUGUGGGAAAACCCGAGGAUGAGGGAUUCUUAUUCUUCUGGUUCAAAAAGAGUGCUUAUGAAGGAAUACCUCUUUUCAUCACGAGUUGCAAUGACAACAAGCCUGCAGAUAAAUUCAUUUGCAAACCUGGAAGAGAAAAGGUGACCGUGGAAAUCUCCAGGGCCCAAAGGGAAGAUUCUGGGCUAUAUCUGUAUGCUGAAAGAGGUGAAGACUUCCAUCUGGGAUCAGCCCUGGUUGUUGGAGACAGCUACACUCCAAGGACCCAAGUGAUGUUGUUGCAACCGGCUGCACAAGCUCCGUCUUCCUGGGAUGUGAGAAGAGGCCAAUUUGCUUGCCUGGUCCAAGAUGUCUCCAACUUGGUUGAGGUCUCCUGGGAUGUUCCUGGAGGUCUCUGGCAAAAGGAACAAACCUUCCUAGUGAAAAACACCAGUGGCUCCUUAACCUUCCUCAGUCUCCUACACAUGCCUAUGGAGGUCCAAAGUAAUGGGGGGAACGUCACCUGCGAAGUCAGGUUCAACUCUUCUGGCACCAGUGUGAAGAAGAGCACCACCUUCGAUACCUUGUUGCAGGUCCAGUUUUCAUCUUAUCAGCCUCUGCAGUUCCAGUUUGUGAAAGUUGGGGAUAAGGCAUGGAUCCAGUUUGUUCCUGUAGGAAAACCCGAGGAUGAGGGAUUGUCAUUCUUCUGGUACAAAAGGAGUGUAUAUGAAGGAAUACCUCUUUUCAUCACAAGUUGCAAUGACAACAAGCCUGCAGAUAAAUUCAUUUGCAAACCUGGAAGAGAAAAGGUGACCCUGGAAAUCUCCAGGGCCCAAAGGGAAGAUUCUGGGCUAUAUCUGUAUGCUGAAAGAGGUGAAGACUUCCAUCUGGGAUCAGCCCUGGUUGUUGGAGACAGCUACACUCCAAGGACCCAAGUGAUGAUUUUACAACCGGCUGCACAUGCUCCGUCUUCCUGGGAUGUGAGAAGAGGCCAACUUGCUUGCCUGAUCCAAGACAUCUCCAACUUGGUUGAGGUCUCCUGGGAUGUUCCUGGAGGUCUCCGGCAAAAGGGACAAACCUUUCUAGUGAAAAACAUCAGUGGCUCCUUGACCUUCCUCAGUCUCCUUUCCAUCCCCAUGGAGGUCCAAAGCAACGGGUGGAACGUCACUUGUGAAGUGAAGUUCAACUCCUCUGGCACCAGCAUGAAGACCACCUUAUCUCCCUCUUCCUCUGAAGUCCAUGAGGAGAAAUGUCUUCCUUACAUCAUGUCCCUGGCUGGCUUCGGAGGGUUGAUGUUUCUGCUUCUUCUCCUGAGCUUCCUUUGGAACCAUUUCCGUUCUUCCAGACCAAGAUGCUCAUCCAAGAUCUCUGAACCUCCAUGCCCAGAUGUGACAGAGGAAGGCCUUUGCUAUGCCCAACUGGAUCUUGCAAGGAGGACUGAGGACAGGAAGAAGCGCAAAUAAGCCCCAACGUGACUAGAAGACCAAAAGAUUCAAAGGAAGAUGGUGGCAAGGGAUGAAAGAG